GAAGCACUGCAGUGGAUAUUCAGCGGUGGUUUGUAGAACUGCAUAAUGUGGAAAGAGGAGGAGGAGAAGGAGGAGGAGAGAGGAAGUUCUAAAACUUUUUUCUUUUUUCGUCAGGGAAAGAUUCCUGGAGACGCUCCGUUAGUUUUUCAGAGGAACGGGGAAAGCCGAGGAAAACUUUGGAGUUUACCUCGUCCAAAAGUGGAUCCUUCUUCAAUCGCGGAUCUCCUCACAUGAAACCCGAGGCCAAAAAAAAGUGUGUUUGCUUUGGUCCUUUCCAGCCUGCGAGGACUUCCACCAUCAGAUGCGAUGAGAUGUGAGUGAGCUAUGCCUUGUGGAAAUGGAGCGACUGUAACCAAGCGAAAACAUGGCGUCUGCGGGAGCAGCUUCUACUUCUUAUCCAGCCUGCUGGUGGCUUUGUGCUGCUUGGAGCCGUGGAGCCUCGGCUCGCAGACGGCCGCGGGCAGGAGCUGCACGCCCUGUCCCGUUAACUGCAGCUGCACGCCGGCAGGGCCCCAGCAGGGCUGCGUGGUCAACUGCUCCAACGUCGGCCUGGAGAGGGCCCCCGGAGCAGCAGAUAUCCCCCUGCUUACCACUGUGCUAGAUCUUUCCAAGAAUCACAUCUCCUCUCUUGAUACAACUCUACUAAAUCGACUCUCCGGUCUUCGAGAGCUAUAUCUACAAGGUAACAGCAUUGUAAUUUUGCCCAGAGGAGUAUUCUGCUGUGGGCCUUUGUCCGUCCUUGACUUGAGCAACAACCAAAUCACUAAGAUAGAAGAAAGAAUAUGUGACGACCUGUGCAAUUUAACGCUCAUUGACCUAAGCAGUAACCCCUUUGAGUGCGACUGUAAGCUUUUCCACUUGGUCAACUGGCUCCAGGAGAAAGGGGUACACGUUCGUCGGCCCGAUGCCAUGCUCUGUAACCACCCUCCUGAGCUCCGUCACCAGCCUCUGCUCAACGUCAGAGUGUUCACGUGCGGUCUGAAUUACGCCGCUUGUCUGGAGGACACUAGCAGUGGAGGAGGGGGACGGAGCGAGCUUGUCAUCUUCUCGUCCUCCACGCCGGGCAACUUCACGCGUGAACAGUGUAACAGCAUGUGCUUCGCUGCGUCGCACCGCUAUGGCGGCCUGGGGGCGAGGCAGGAGUGUCUCUGCAGUACCAACUCUGAGCCCAACUUCAUCAGUGAAUCUCAGUGUUCUGCUGCCUGUACCAACCCCAGUGUCAUGAAGGAAUGUGGGUGGACUCUAGCCCACGACGUAUUUGCAGUCGACUUCUCUAUCCGACUGGAGGCCCUGCCGCUGCAAAGCGUUCACGACAGCAUCGGUUUCUCAGCUGCGUCCUCCGUCACGCCAGUCACGCUGUCCUGGGAUUUUGGUGACCUUUCACCUCGUGUUAACACCUCAGCAACAGAAGUCACCAUGGCAACGCAUAAAUACGGGCUUCCAGGAAAGUAUGUGGUCGGUUUGACAGCCUGGGCUGGACACAAGGAGGUAGAUUUUCUUUUUCCUCCUAAACUGGAGUUGCACUGCCCUUCCCUUACUGUGGUCAAUGGGAGCAUGGAAAUCACGCUUGUCAGCUGGGGAGCGCUUGGCCUAAAUGUAGACUGGACGAUCGCCAAAAAUGAUGUGCAGGUUGCGAAAGCCUCUCCUCACUGUCCAAAGGAUGGGGUCUACCAUAUUGAGUCCUCAUGCUGUUUCCAGAUUGUUCCAGCAGAGAUGAGCUGGACUGAUGCUCAACAGCAAUGUUCAGAUCGCGGCGGGAACCUGGCAAUAGUCAGAGGUGACGCGCUGCGCAAACUGCUGGCUCAUAAAGUCACACAGGAACGAGGAGUGUGGCUCGGAUUGAGCGACGUCACUUCCCCGGGCAAGCUGCGCUGGGUCAACGGAGAGGAAGGCCUGCCACCUCGUUCUCCAAUCUCCCGCAGCAACUUUUGUGUCUGCCUUGAUCAGCGUGCUCAGACCAGUUUGCACCCGUGCAACACCAAGCGGGCAUUUGUCUGUCAGUAUAGCCCUCAAGUACAAGUUCCAGAUACAGGGAUCCACAUGAUUGGGCUGCCAGUGUUUCCCUCCCAUAAUUCAUUACUUCCAGCACAUGUUGGUUCUCUCUCGACUGCACAAACAUCCAGCACCGGCAUAGAGUUCUUGCUGUUCCCGACACUGAGCUUUGUUUCCCUGGGUCGUCUGUCCUCCCUUGAGUUUGUCGUACAGCAGCGUGGCUCACACAUCCACAUCCGAUUCCAGAUCUACCGACCUCACUGUUAUCAUCCCGGCCUGCACCUGCUCCUACCCGGUUGCCAUGGUCCUAUUUGCGCACCAGUGGCGAUGUGCGUUCCAGAUGCCUCCAGGGACGCCGAGCCACCCUCUUGCCCUCGACUACAACAGUGGUGUCCAUUCCAGCACCAAUGCCUGGACCUCUCUAAUCCUUGUCAACCAUCUUCCUGUCCCAAUUGCACCCAAGGUCACCACCUUCCACCUGGUGCUCUGAGGCCUCGAUAUACCCUACAGGAUGAGGUGGCCUUCACAUUGCCUGCAGGACCAGCUGCAAAUGUUCUGGUACAAGAGCAGUUAGAAGACCUCUUGGUUUCCGCUGGUGAUGUCAUUGGCCUUCAACACAAUGCUGGCCCAGCAUCCCUUCUUCAGUGCCAGUCCUCUCCAACAUCACUGUGGCGACAGCCUGUUUUAGUCCUCAACCACUCCGAGUGGCUCUUGAUGAACACCAGCAGAGACUCAGAAGACAGUUCAGCUGGCCACAGUGUUGGCCCACGGCCUCAUCUUGACUUGGAAUCACCGCUGGAGGCUGGCGAGGGAAACUGGCUGGAGGAAUCGGUGUGCCCCAUCAGAGUGCUCUAUGUGGGACACAGUGAGAUCUCGCUGCAGGGAGCACAGCUGUCUGCCGGCCUGUCCCAGCCUGGACAAUACACACUGCAGGUGACCUCUGCUGAACCCUCAUAUCGAACCUCAGCAUCAUGCGCAUUGCAUGUGGUCCCUCAGUUGGGCUUAACCAUUUUACACCCACCUCUCUGGAAUGGCAGCCUCUAUCUGCAGUCCAAUGACACUCGCGUGCUACUGCAUGUCCAGUCCCGCUACACCACAAGGGCAUCUCAACGAGGAACUAAUCGCAGUGUUACCUUUCAGCCAAACUGUCCUUCAAAUAUUUUCGGCAGCCCCACACCGUGCCAGCCCAGGUCGCAUUCAGGGAAAGAGGCCACGGAACCGAGCCAGUAUGCAGUACUGGAUCUAAGUUUAGUGUCAGAGGAGCAAGGUGGUCUAAUUCAGGUGGAGCUGCAAGCCUUUAAUAAUAUGACAGAAUCCAGCUUGACUGUGAUUGUUCACAUGGAAGAGCCACUGAGAGGACUGGUGGUCCAGCCCUAUCCUGCUCACAGGGUGCUGAUGGAGUCAGUUGUGAGUUACACCGCGUCAGUGCUCGAAGGCUCCAAUCCCACAUUCAAAUGGACUGUUGAUGACAAGCCCUACUUUACGUAUUACAACACGGUCCUCAAUGUGAUCUACCAGCAUGCUGCAAUCUACAAGCUCACAGUGACGGCUAUGAACCAUAUCAGCAGCCUCACGGAGCAUUUCAAUGUCACUGUGGACCACCUGCAGCCCAUGGCCAACCUCACCGUGAGGAGUGUUCCAGAUGUGGUCCCUCAAGGCUCCACUCAGAUACUCACCGCUUCUGUGCUCGUGGACAUAUCUGUGUUGGCUACUUUUCGAUGGUCUUUUAGUGAUGGGGGAUAUAAGGAAUUUGAAUUUAAGCCUCCCUACGCACCAUCCCUUUUUCACCCAGGCUCCCCCAAUCAGGUCCUCCUAACCAACAACGUUACGUACACCUACUUCCAACCAGGAAUAUACACGGCACUGGUCUCAGUGUCCAAUCGUUAUGAGAACAAAAGUCAGAGCAUAAACAUGAGCGUCUACAGCAUCCUCACUCGGGUCGAUAUACAAACAGAGCCACGACUUCUCCUUGCUACCAAAUCAGCUGAUUUUGAAGCUCACCCAUUGCCCUCACCCUACGGCAUUCACUACGAGUGGAACUUUGGGGAUGAUACAGCUCAGUCUCAAGGUCGGCGAGUGGCACACACAUACACACGCAGCGGUGCCUUUAAUGCGUGCGUGUCCGUAAAUAACACCAUCAGCUUCACCAGGGCCUGUGCUGAGGUGUUCGUAUUUGAAGAGAUAGAGGAGUUAACAGCCGAAAGCUCCUCUCCCUCAGAACUUCACAGUCCUACUGUGGUGAAAGCACGCCUUGCGGCAGGUAAUAAUAUCACAUGGACAUUCUCUAUGGGUGAUGGCAGCAGUUACACUACAUCUGAACCCCACGUGUCACACAGCUAUGCUCAAGAUGGCAACUACACAGUGAAUGUGACUGCUGCAAAUGCUGUGAGCUCUGGCUGGACACUGCUUACAGUGCAGGUCUACGUGUUCCGAGUUAUCGAGAUAGAGCCUUCCGGAUGUGUCCAAGAAAGGACCCCGAUCAACUUUGAUACGUGGGUGUCUGGCAAUGUCUCAGCUAGCCUCUACGAAUGGAGCUUUGGAGAUGGAAGCCCUAACGAGACACACCUCGGGAACCCCAGAGUCUCACACACCUACAAGACAAGCGGGAAUUACCACCUUUCUCUUAAUCUUUCGAGUGGAAUCAACAAGGCUUCCAAAGCACACUUCUUCAAAUGGGUGUGCGUAGAGCCAGCCUUAACCAGCAUCAACCUAACCCUGGAGAAAACACACUAUGCUGUCGGAGAAGAGAUUCGGUUGCAGGUCAGAGCCGAGCCAGAAUAUACCUACAGAUAUCAGUGGAACUUGGGUACAGUUGAACAACCUCUGCUGACUCAUGGCUCAGACAAUGUCCUAACAACCUAUAAAAAUCCAGGUCGUUACAUCGUGAUGGUGACUGUCUCCAAUAACAUCUCCACAAGAAAUUCUAGUGUUCUGGUUGAGGUUCAGAUGACCAUAGGGCCCAUUCUUAUUCUACAUAAUGGCACUAAGCACAAUAACCUCAUACUUAGGGAACCCUAUUUUUUCACAACCCCUGUCUCAUCGCCUGAUGUCACUCACACAUGGAACUUUGGAGACGGGAACCUCUUUGAGGGGCACAGUGUCCCCUACACCUACAACCUCUCUGGAAACUACAACAUCACGCUGACAGCAACCAACUUGGUCAGCAGGAAUUACAGUAUUCUACCUGUUGUUGUGCUCUCGCCAAUUCGUGGGUUAACUGUCAAUGCUAGCCUAAUCAAUGUUCCUCUGAAUGCCUCAGUCCACUUUGAGGCUCAUCUUGUGGAGGGAGAUGAUGUCCGGUUUUCCUGGAUCUUGUGCGACCGCUGCACCUCUAUUCCAGGGACCCACACCAUGUUCUACACCUUCCGCUCCGUUGGCACUUUCAACAUCAUCGUGACGGCAGAAAAUGACAUAGGGACGGCCCAAGCUAGUAUCUUCCUGUUUGUCCAACGUGAAUUAGAGGGGCUCCAUAUUUUAGUCGAGGAGGAGAUGGGAGUAGGUGGAGACACAGGAGUGGAUGGUUGCUGCUUUGCUACAAACCGUGUUCUCCACCUUCAUGCAGGCUUAAAAGAAGGAACCAACAUGACUUUUACUUGGAACAUCAUCAGUAAGCUAGAUCCCGCGAGCUCAAGAUUCAACAUCAGUGGCAAGAGUGUGGAGGUCAAUUUCUCCACUCCGGGGCCGUGUGUUAUCUUUCUUCGAGCAGCUAACCUGCUGGGCCAGCUGUCCGUCAACAGAACAGUCCACUUCUUAGAGCCAGCUGGAGGAGUGUAUCUGCAGAUCAGCAACAACCCCGUUGCUGUCAAUGCUCAUACUAAUCUGUCCGUUUCCACUUUGGAGGGCUCCGACCUGCAAUAUCGCUGGUUUGUGAAUGGAAAUACGCUGCAGUGGAAAGAGCCCUGGAAUACUCACACGUUUCCGAGUCCAGGGCUAUAUCUAGUGACCGUGGAGGUCUUCAAUGAAGUUAGCUCCGAGCUGGUGUCUGAGAGAAUCGAUGUCCAGGAGGUCAUCUCUGGGCUUGGUUUCACAGCAGUCGAUGUGACUGAGCAGAGUUACACAGCAACAGGGGUCCCUGUCAUACUCUACGGGGAAGUAGCAAGAGGGACCAAUGUGACAUGGACAUGGAUGCUUGAUGGAACAACAGAAACAGGACAAAACACAUCAGUGGUGUUCCAGGAGCCAAAAACAGCCAUUGUUACCCUGAAUGCCACCAACGAUAUCAGUGAGCAAAUGGUUUCAAAGGAGUUCUUUGUUCAGGACAAGAUUCAGGGGUUGGAGUUGCGGGCAAGUAAAAAGAUCGCAGUGGUCGGGGAGAGGGUGGAGUUCACCAUUUCUAUGGCAGCAGGCUCGGAUGUUGAUCUCAUCCUGAGCAUCAGCGGAGAUGCCACUGUUACUCCGCAACUCAACCAAACCUAUGUGCACGUAUUCACCAGGGUAGACACCUACAUGGUCAACCUCACUGCUCACAAUCAGGUAAGUUUCAAGAGGCGACACCUCCAAGUUGAGGUGAUGGAGCCAGUACGUGGAUUAUCCAUCCAAGGAAGCUGUGCAGCAAUCCCUGUUGGAGUGAAGAGAUUAUUUUCGGCCAGCAUCAUGACGGGUAAACCUGUUAGUUUUCUCUGGACCUUUGACCUGCACCACCUCCACAAGACAUCACAUAUUGGCAAAGAGUUCGCCUACAUACCAGAAGAAGCGGGUUUAUUGACCAUUUACCUGAAGGCCUUCAAUGCAUUGCAUGCCCAGAACAUCACCAAACACAUCCUUGUGCAGAACCUUCUGACGGCCGCAGUCCUUUAUGCAACACCUCAGGACACUUUGGUCAAUAAAACUAUCACUCUGGUGGCUUCUGUCACGCCCAGAUCUAAUCCUCUGGAGUGCGUCUGGGACUUUAAUGACGGCUCUUCCCCAGUUCACACCAACACCACAACUGUGGGCCAUGACUACAAGAACCCAGGAAACUACGUGGUCCAAGUGAACUGUAGUAAUCUGGUGAGCUGGGUUUUGGCCCAGGUCGAAGUAAACAUCAGUGUACUGGAGUGUGAGGAACCAGAGGUACAAGUCAUUCAAGCUCCCCGCCUUGCCAUCUGGAGAUCCCAGCCCACUUUUGUUGAGGCCACUGUGGACCUGAAAGGCUGUAUUAUAUAUGGAGCACAGUACUUGUGGCAAGUCGUCACAACACCGUCCUGUGAUAAUAGUGACCACCUUCUUCCCUCCGGGGUCUUGACUGAACCCUUUCAGCAAUCCCUUGAGAGAGAAAUCCUCCUCCCAGUGGAAGUGGAUGUGCGACGGCUACAACUGUCAUUGCCCAAGAUGGCGUUGGCUCCGGGCAACUACACUUUGGUGUUUUCUCUGUCAUAUGAAGGCGUGCCACUGAGGAAAGCAGCGUGUCUGCAACUUAGCGUGAUGGCUGCCAGGCUAAUGCCCAUCAUAGAGGGUGGCACCUACAGGGUGUGGUCGAGGACCCAGGACCUCCAGCUCAGUGCAGAGCAGUCUUAUGAUCCCAAUAUGGACCCAGAAAGCCAGUCACUACUCCACUACCAUUGGGAUUGCCAAAGCACAUCAAAGGGUCCAGAGCACUGCUCCAGCCUGAACUUUGGCUUGGGCUCCAGCGGUCCGGUCCUCGGAAUUUCUGGCUCUGAGUUAGAGGCAGACGUUGAAUACACUUUCAAACUGUCUAUCAGCAAAGAUGGAAUGUCACCGGCGUCUACCACACAAACUGUGCUCGUCCAGAGCGGUCACAUUCCCAUGGUAUAUCUGGAGUGUGUGUCCUGUAGGGCACAGUCCAUCUACGAAGUCAGCCAGAACUCCUAUGUCUACCUCCGAGGAACCUGCACGAACUGCCAGGGCUUUCACCGCGGGAGAUGGACCGCCACGACGCUGCAGAACGAGACUCUGAUCCUGGACUCCUCCUCGACCACCACCGGAAAUGACUGCAUGAACCUGGUGCUGCGUCAGGGUGUCCUUCGCCACGGAGACUCGUACAUUUUCACCCUGCACGUAACCGAUGACACACUGGACGGUGAGGGCGCCGCCUCCAUCACGUUACACCACAACAUGCCUCCGGCUGGCGGGGAGUGUCACCUGAGAGCCGGAGGGGAGGCAGGAGGGGACAUUGGAGAGGCAGACAGUGGCGGUUGGACCAUUCGAACGCUGCUGGACAGAGUACACUUCAACUGCUCAGGUUACAGUGAUCGGGGAGUCUCUGAGACACCUUUGCUCUACAGUUUGUUGGUGACUCGCUGCAAGGAAGACUACUGUGAGGAAUUCUGUGUUUAUAAAGGCAGCAGUCCAGAGCAUUCGGCUUUCCUUCCUCCGGGCUUCAGCUCGGCUCGACACCGCGUAGCUGUGUCUAUCACAGUGGAGGAUCUUCAGGGAGCAUCGAUCACAGCCCUCAACAAGUCACUUGAGGUCAUGCUGCCUGAUCCACCGGCUGUGUACAGUAGUCUUCCUCAUUGGCUGGCUGAGCUGACUGACAGCAGACUUAAACAGCUACUGGAGCAAGGAGACUCCCAGAGGGUCAGGGAGCUAUCCUUGGCUCUUAUAACUGUUCUGAAUGAGUACGAGCAGAGCCGGGAGUCAACUCGGGUGUCUCUAGCGGAGCGCGUUUACCGAGUCAGAGUCCGCAGCAACAUUACCAGGGCGCUGACCGCACUGGAUCUGAAUACUGUUAAUGACAUUCAGCAAACUUCUGCCGCGCUGGCACAGUGUACAGCGGUGAGUCGAGAGUUCAUCUGCGAGGAGUGUCAGAACAGCACACUAAACAAACUUGAGUCCAUGUUAGAGAUUCUGCAAAAUGACACCAAGCAGGGAACGGUGACUCCAACUGAGAUAGCUGACAACAUUCUGAACAUCAUGGGUGAUCUGAUCCAUCAAGUCAGCCAGUCAGCGUCUUACUUCCAACCCGCCUACGUAGAUUCCGCAUCAGUCUUCUCUACUUCUCCGUUGACUUCGUCUGGUGCAUACCAUGGCGGUAUCCAGUUGGACCCCUCCCCUUCCUCCUUAGAGCCACACCCACUGCGAGUGGCCGCCAAAGCCUACAGCCUGUCCUCGGUCCUCAUGCUUAUCCUGAUGCAUGGCCGCGUCCUGAAUGAAGAACCGCUUGUGCUGAGGGGAUCCGAGAUAGCUGCCACGGGAAAACUGGCGGACCCCCAGAGCCUGCUCUGUUACCAUGGCAACAGCAGUCCAGAGUGUCAGCGGUUCUCGAUCCCAAGGGCGUUUAACAGCAGUCUUGGCAGGGCAGCUUCGGGGAACAGCGUCAUGCAGUUACUCUUCCAGUUGGAGUCCAACCCCUUCCCCUUCAACUACAUAGCCAACUACACCGUCUCCACAGAGGUGGCAUCCAUGGAGUUCCGGACUGAAAAUGGCACCCAGAUUCCCAUCUCCGGACUGGAUGACAGUCUCGCCAUCACUGUUGCCAUUAACAAUGGCACUGGCGGAGAGCUAGGCACAGAUCCCUCAGUUGCAGGAGGUGUGCCUACGGCCGGAGCCGUGAACAUCAGCCAGUGUGAUUCUGUCAUCGUCAGGGUGAUCACAGGGAACAACAACCGACAGGCUGGACUGUUUGUGCAACUCAACUUCACCUCUUUGGAAGAUGAGGGGGGCAAAACUGAGAGCGGUGAAGACUCCAAGGAUCCAUAUAUCGAAGCCUACCUUCAUUCACAUGAACAGCCCAAUGAAUUCAACUGCACCGACAGAAAACGUAUCACUCUCAGUAUGACCCGAAACCAAAGCGUCGAUCAUAGGAAAUACACUUUCUUCCUAUCACCCGAGACGUAUGACACGACCCUUGACUACUUUAUCAACGUGAGCGCGCCCUGCAGCCCCACCUCACAGUCUGCCGGCAUUCAUCUUGAGGUGGGGCUGUUUGCCUCACUGUGCCAGUACUUCAGCGAGAGCGAGAAGCAGUGGCGAACAGACGGCAUGGUGCCCUUGGCAGAAACCAACGCCAGCAGAGCCGUUUGUCGCACCAGACACCUCACCGCCUUCGCAGCAGGCCUCUUUGUACCCCCUCAUUCAGUCAGCUUUACAAUGCCAGAGCGCUCUGGCCCACCAAGUUUAGUGGUGUUACUGGUGUGCGUGCUGGGCUUGCUCAGUUAUGUUGUUGCUGCUGCCAUCUUGCACAAAUUAGAUCAGAUGGAUUUGCGCCGGGCUGGUGUGGUUCCCUUGUGUGGCACUGAUGGACUCUUUAAAUAUGAGGUUCAAGUCAAAACUGGCUGGAGUCAUGGGGCAGGAACAACAGCUCAUGUAGGAAUCAGUCUGUAUGGUCGUGAGGGCCGCACCGGACACCGCCAUCUCGACAGCAGGGGAGCCUUUACACGCAACGCCCUCGACAUCUUCCAUAUUGCAACAGACACCAGCCUGGGCAGUGUGUGGAAAAUACGCAUUUGGCAUGACAAUAAGGGUUUGUCCCCAGCGUGGAUGCUACAGUACGUCUUGGUCAAGGACUUACAGACGGGAAGCAGUUACUACUUCCUGGUUGAUGAGUGGCUGUCCGUAGAGAAUGACAAAACUGAGGGUCGCCUAGAAAUGGAAGUGGAGGCCUCAGAGGAGGGAUCGCUUCGCCGGUUUCCCCGCCUCCUGCGGUGUGAGCUGCAGAGGGCGCUGUGUGAGAGUCACCUGUGGCUGUCGCUGUGGGAAAAACCCCCUCGCAGCCCCUUUACUCGCUUGCAGAGAGCCACAUGCUGUGCUUUGUUGCUGCAGCUAUUUUUGGCCUUCAACACGCUGUGGUACAGCAUUGUGGUGGACAAGAGAGUCAGCCCUCUGGUCGUGGCGCAAUCAUCUUCACUAAACGGCGAGACCGUAGCAGCAGGUGUGGUGACAUGUCUGAUCGCCUACCCUGUCUACCUCCUCGUCUUCACACUCUUCAGAAUGAGCCGCAGCAAGUGUGUGUCAGUGAAGGAGGUGCCUCCACCAGGGGACCAGGAGUCAGUGGAGAUCGAUUAUUUCCUGGACAACUCCAUGGCUGGAAGUUCUUUCCUCUACUUUGAUGGCGAGACCAAUUCUGAGGAAACCAAUGUGGAUUUGCCCACGCCUUCCACCAAAAGUAUGGAGAGUUGGGGCAUGGCGGAGGAGGAGACAGAUGACAUCGACUGGCCCGAGCUAUUGGGUCAUGUGUCUGAGACGGGAGGGGCGGGGCAUGGGGCAGGGUUGCCGAGGUUGAAGAGGGGCCAAGGGAGCAGGCACCUUGGUGUAGACAUGACUUUUGACCCUGAUGACGAGGAUGCGCAACGUCACAAAUGUUUUACUUCUUCAGAUGAGGACCUUAUCAAACACAUUCUUAGCGAUGGGCAGAACUUUUUUCCGCAAGCAGAAGAAAGCGAGAUGGCUGAUCUUUCGAGCAUUUUAGAAGACAACACAGAGGUGAUUCUUCUCCAGAAAAUCAAUGACCCUCUUCCUCUGGAUGCAGUCAGAAGAGAACCCCCGAGAACUGCUUUUUCCUCCAAUACAGUUGUGGCAGAUGUGUGUCGUCCCAGACGGUUCCCUCCCUGGUGCGGACGCGCCGCCCUGUGGGGGAGCUGGGCAGCGAUUGCCAUGGCCAACAGUGUAUCCAUUUGGGCAGCUCACGGAUUCAAUCAGAAAGUUGCCAUGAUGUGGCUCAUCUCCUGCUUUGCCAGCUUCCUCUGCUCCUGCCUGCUGUUGGAGCCAAUAAAGGUAUUGUGCGAGGCCAUCUAUUAUGCAGUGUUUGUGUGUCGCCUGCGUCCCGAGGACCAGGAUGUGCUGGUGGAGUUCCCCAUGGUGGAGAGAGUGGUGCAGCGGGUCCACAGGGUGCGGCCACCUCAGGGCUACGCUCUGUCUCAGGACCGGCACCAGGCCCGCAAGGUCCGCAUGCUGCACGCCAUGUUGAAGAACUUCCUGGUCUACAUGUUCUUCUUGUUGGUGGUUCUUCUUCUCAACUAUUCGGACUCUGCCAAAGACACACACAGCUUGAGACUGCAUACUCAGUUGCAACAUGUGCUACACACACCCGAGUACCACAACAUCAGCAGCCGCCAUGAUGUUCUGACUUGGCUGAACAAAUCCUUAUUACCCGGCCUUCUGAAUGACUCUGUCCUCCUCGGAGACACCGGAAGUGUUUUACUCGGCACAAUGAGACUCCGACAAAUCCACCACACGCACGUUCUAACAGGUUCCAGACCUGGGGACAGGUGGGAACGAGGCUGGCCUCGCAUCACAUCUUCCGGUGUUGAAGACACUAACGCGAGUCUACUCACGAACGCCACAGACUUUGUCAUCCAUCUGAACAGAAGUCUGGGGGAGGCCUCAAGCUCCCUGCAGCAGCUGCAACGGCAACACUGGCUCGGUCACAGGAGCCGUGCUUUGUUCGUGGAGUUCUCACUCUACAACAUCAACACAAAACUCUUGGCAGUCUUUUCUUUCCUCUUCGAGUUCCCAGUUUCUGAGCGUGCUCAGUCCAGCCUUGACCUCAUCAUCGUCACUCUGUGGCCAAUCACAGGACUGGAUCUGCAGCUUCUUUUAGUGAUGGUCCUUCUUGCCCUGGUGUUAUAUUUCCUGGUACGGGGGAUUUGGGGUUUCCUCCGAGAAGGUUCCUCAUACCUGCUGUCCACCUGGAGGCUCUUGGGUGUCUGUAAACUGGCUCUGGCAGCAUCUGUAUGUGGCCUGCAUCUGAGCCGGUGUGUCAUGGCCCAGCGGCAAUGGGCCUUGUACCUCAGUCACCCACGAGAUGCCUUCACAGACUUCUAUCCCCUCGCUAAACAGAGUCAGAUAUAUACAGUCAUGGCGGCCUUGCUACUCUUUAUAUUGGUGCUCAAGGCCUCUCAUCAGUUGCGCUUCCUGCGAGAGUGGGCCGUGUUUGGCCGAGCCCUGCGACGCUCCGUCUGGGAACUGCUGGGCGUCGCUCUGGCCCUCCUGCUCUUGCUGCUGGCGUACUCGCACACCGGACACCUGCUCUUCCACUCGGUCUUUGAUGGCUACGCUAGCGUCAGCUCCACCUGUCUGUCCUUGUUGGGCGCUGGUGGUCGAAGUCCAUUGUCAUGGGAACCUUCCCGGACACUAACCGGGCCUUCGGGCACCGUCUCCUCACUGGUGUUCCACGCCAGUUUCGCCGUGCUUCGGUUGGUCCUGAUCUGGUUGGUCACCUCCAUUUUACUGAGGAACUACCGGCGCGGACGUGCAGAGUUGUACCGGCCGGCUGUCGAUCUCCAAGACUACGAGAUGGUCGAGCUGUUCCUCAGGAGACUCAAAAUGUGGAUGGGACUUAGCAGGACCAAGGAGUUUCGCCACAAGGUUCGUUUCGAAGGCAUGGAGCUGCCCCCGUCGCGCUCCUCGUCAACCAGCGACUGCAAGUCUCUGUGUUUACCGCCGCUGGACCGCCCCGAGUCUCCGUUCUUCACACCAGACAGCGUCGACGGCGGCUCCGAGGCCUCCUGGUGCCCGGCGUCCUCCAGCCCCUGCAGCCUGACCGAAGCCCCCGGCGUGGGCCCAGGUCUCGGCCCCGGGCUGGCGGCAGGGGGCGCCGGCUGGAGGGAGAGAGCGGAGACCGAGGCCUCUCUGAAGAGGCUGCUGCCUACCUUUGAUGCCCUGCUGCAACAGCUGGACCGCGUCACCAUGGCAACGGAGGAUCUAUUCCAUAUCGAAUGCCAACUAGAGCGAGCGCAGAGGAAGAGGAGGCGUAGAGGGAGAGCAAGACGACUGGAUCAGGGAGAGAGUGGAAAGGCGGGACAAGGAGAUUGUGGACGAAAAGAAAGGAAGAGUGGCAAAGACAAGCAUAAAGUGGGCAAGAAGGUCAAAAAAAAGGAGACAAGUCAACUUGCAAACGAGUGUCGAGACUCUGCAGCCAAUCCCCAAACGACUUCGGGAACCUCAAACAUUCCCUUUGCCAAGUCCAAAGCACUGCCCCCAUCCUCACCUCUCUCCAAACCCUCUAUCAGUGCUCCCCCACCAACACCAGUAACAGACCCUUCCACUCCUCCUGUAUCGGCACCCGAUAGCCCCUUUUCCCACUCCCAGCCUCCCGAAUCGAGCACGGCGCUUCCAUGCGCCCCCGCGGCCACCCCAUCCUCACCGCCGCCCACGGCUUGGGAGCACCCGCCCGCCGAGAGAGAGACCCUUUCUUCCUCCAGCCUCUUUAACCAUCCGGCACACACGACCACCAUCCCCACACACAAGCGAAAACGUAAGCCUCCCCCGCUUAAAAACAAGGUGCACCCCAACUAAGGAGGGACACAUGAGGGAGGAGCGAGGAAAAUGUGAGGUUAAGGACGAGAGGAGCGCGGGGAGCAGCUGGUUCUGUAUCCCGACGUUCCUCUCUAAACUUCACGGAUGGGGAACAACUCACGAGAAGGUCACACAUUUCAGAGGCAGGAGAAAGAUUGUGGUUGGAUUGGCCCAAAUGUGGUGCGGGUCACCGGCUCCAGACAGCCACGCACAGAGUGAAACCAAGAAACUGUUGUUCCCCCUCAAAACCAGCUACAGGUGACCCUGGAGGUCACAUAGAGGUCACUGACAGAAGCACAGUUGCGUGCUCACCUAAGGACGGUAAACAAACAAACAAAAAAAAUCGUAUUUCUUUGCUAUGUUGUGUGUAUGUAAUCACGAACUGUUGGUACUAUUACUACUAUGGGUAUUUGUGGGCCGUGUGGAACACAAAAUGUUUUAGCACGCCGAAUUUGCAUGCCAGGCAAAUGCAGCUACACGCACACGCUACACACGUAGACAAACCUCGGCGGGGGCUUGGCUUCUGCAGCCAGUUGUUCAGGGUUCCAAUUAUAUUGAAGCGGUACAGAGAGGAAGAAAGGAAGUGAUGAUUUGGGAAGAAGCAAGGAAAGAGAACGUCUCAAAUAAAAGACAUUCAUGGAAGUUGGAAACAGGAAGGAUUUUCACACUACUUAGUAUGUACUUAAGUUGACCCACCAUGAAGCUAUCAGGAUGGUGAAUAACUUUUAUUGUGAUCAAUAUGGUUAUGAAGUAAACGCACUUUGUUUUAAUUUUUUUUUUUCUUCUGAAAGGCAGUGUGGCGUUUUCGGAUGUAAUAAGCUUGGUAUGAAAUCCAUUACAGACAGCUUUACUGUAGCUGAGUUAUAAGAAGAAAAAAUUGCCAAAGCUUCUGCAGCAUGUAUGACUUUUACCAUGACCUUAAUUCCUUUGUUUUGUACUUAGCACUUUAUUGUCAAAUGGAGCUGAUAUCCAAGGCUAAUAUAUAUUAGUUGAGAUAUUUAACUCAUCCACUUUAUACUUUUUUUUUUUGUUUUAAUGUUAUGAAAAUGUCUGAGUAUAUUAACACAAUUUUGAAGCAGUUAACUCUUGUUGUUGUGAUCGGCGUACAUAAUUUGUGUCCAGUGGGCAAAAUCUCAGGGAACACACCCUUUUCCUCAAAACAAACCAAAGCCUUUGACAUGGAAACUUUUUUUUUUUUAAUGCAGCAUUGUAAUGUGGAAUCGACACCACUUGAUUCCCCCUAAGAAAGUAUGGAAACAACGAAGUACAAAUGUGUUGCAAGCUCGCGGGAUUGAGUGAUCUUUGACAACCGUCAAGAUUUGAACGUCUUUCACAUUUAACUUCGUGCCACAUGCAUCCUCACACGAGGAUUUCCUGAAACCUGGUUUUUAAAACUUGCAUUGUGUCUAUGUACAUUUCUGUAUAUUUUGGUGCUUAACAGCGUGUGUGUAUAUAUUUGUUCGAGCUUUUCUUGGUCAAUAUGUUAUAUAUGGUCAGUUCAAGCACAAGUGUUGCAAACUUUUGACAUUUUCUGUCCAGCAAAAGGAUUGCAGUCGAAGCUAAAGAAAUAUUCAAUCAAGUGCCUAUGCUUAAAGGUUCAUGUCCACCAUCCUCAUGUGACAUUGUUUUCCCUCCAAUCUGGUUUGAAAGGAAGCAGCUUGUUUAAAACUUCUACCAAUGCGCCGUCAACAUUUCAUUUGUGGUAAUGUCCAUGCUUUUGCACUUGACAAUGUUCAAUAAACGGCUCAAAAGUAAA